AUGAGUGAGCAUCUCGCUAGAAAAUUAGGCAUACCAUUAAGUAAAUGCUCCAUUCCCAUUGGAGUUCUCAAUACAUUAUCUACAAUAGCAAAACACACGAUUACAACCACUUUAUCCUCAACAAUUAACAAUUACAAACGCACAUUAACAUUUUUAACAAUCCCAAACAUUGCUUCAGCCAUUCCAGAUCAGCCCAUCGAUAGAACACUAUUGAAUAUACCUAAUAAUAUAAAAUUGGCGGAUCCAUCAUUUUCAACACCUUCUCCAGUUGAUUUAUUAUUGGGCGCUGGAAUAGCACUAUCCUUAUUAUGUAUAGGUCAAAUAAAAUUAUCGCCCCCUGACGGACCGGAUUUAUAUUUACAAAAAACACAAUUGGGAUGGAUAAUCGGGGGAAGUGCGCCAAUCCCACGGUUAUCUCAAGGAAUGACCUGCCACAUGACUUCGCCAAUACAGACUGACCUCACUCGGUUCUGGGAAUUGGAAGAAGGGCCACAGAUCCGACAAUUCUCAAAACAAGAACAAGACUGUGAAGAAUAUUUCAAAAAAACUGUUACGCGAAAUUUGGAUGGAAGAUACAUUGUAGCACUCCCAUUUAAUGAAAAAUUGCCACAGCUAGGAGAGUCAAAAUCGAAGGCACUGAAACGACUGAUGUCAUUACAAACGAAACUUCAACGUGACGAACAACUAUCACGAGACUACCAAGCAGUCUUACAGGAGUACAUCGAUUUAGAGCACAUGUCAGAAAUAUCAACCUACAACGAAAACGAUUACGGAUAUUUCCUCCCACACCACGGAGUUACAAAAGUCACCAGCGAUACCACAAAAUUGAGAGUGGUAUUUGACGGUUCCGCUGCAACUACAACAGGCAUUUCUCUUAACGACACAUUACACGUCGGCCCAAAAAUACAAGACGACCUACUACACGUUUUAAUUCGAUUCCGAAGCCAUCGAUAUGUUUUAACUGGGGAUAUCGAGAAAAUGUAUAGACAAUUUUUAGUACGGCCUGAAGAUAGGAAAUAUCAACAAAUUCUAUGGCGAAACUCAAAUAACGAAUUGAAGGUUUUCGAGCUAAACACAGUGACUUUCGGUUUGUCCGCAGCCCCGUAUUUAGCCAUCCGUUGUCUAGCCCAGUUAGCUCAAGAUGAAGGACAACGAUUUCCUCAAGCCGCACACAUCUUAACCCGGGAUUUUUAUGCAGACGAUCUUUUGACUGGAACAACAACGAUCGACGAGGCGUUGAUACUGCGAGACCAACGAAUACAACUCUUAAAAAGGGCAGGCUUAAAUAUCCAACAAUGGGCAUCCAACCAUAAUUCAUUAUUGACAAAUCUUCCAGAACAGGCGAUAAACAAACGGCUACAUCUGGGCGAAUCUUCAACCAUUAAAACGUUAGGAAUAUUUUGGGACUCAUCUGAUGAUGCAAUUAGAUAUACCAUUGCAAACUGUUCUUCAACUAACCUUGUCACAAAACGGAACAGUUAUAAUUAA